AUGGAACUGCCUCUAGGGCCGUGCGAUGAUCCCCGCGCUUGGGACUACGACUCGGACCCGGACCCGGACCCGGAGCCCGAUCCCGACGCACAGGCCGAAGCCUACGUCGCCCGUGUGCUCAGUCCGCCGAAACCCGGGCUGGGGCCCCUGCGCGCCCCGCUGCUGCCAGUGCCUGACGCGUCCCCUGGCGCCCUGGAGCCGCGGGCUGCGUCCAAGGUUUCGGCCGUAGGUGUCCCAGGCCUGCUGAGCCUCCCCCCAGAGCUGCUGCUGGAGAUCUGCGCCUACCUGGACGCGAGCCUUGUGCUCCAGGUCCUGCCGCGAGUAUGCCAUGCACUGCGCGACCUUGUGCGUGACCAUGUCACUUGGAGGCUACGCGCGCAGCGCCGCGUACGCGCGCCCUACCCAGUGGUGGAAGAGGAGGACUUUGACUGGCCAACCGCCUGCAUUGAGCUGGAGCAGCACCUGGCACGCUGGGCAGAGGAUGGGCGUCGGGCUGAGUACUUCUGCCUGGCCGAUGGGCACUUUGCUUCUGUUGACUCCGUGCUGCUGCUCCAGGGUGGGGCGCUCUGUCUGUCAGGCUCCAGAGAUCGCAAUGUCAACCUGUGGGACCUGCGGCAGUUGGGAACGGAGCCCAGCCAGGUUCUGGUCAAGGCCCUAGGCACCCAGCCGAACAGCACCCACAAGGGCUGGGUGUGGUCCCUGGCGGCCCAGGACCACCGUGUGUGCUCCGGCUCCUGGGACAGCACGGUGAAGCUCUGGGACAUGGCGGCUGACGGACAGCAGUUCGGCGAGAUAAAGGGCAAAGCCGCCGUGCUGUGCCUUUCUUAUCGGCCUGACAUCCUGGUGACGGGCACCUAUGACAAGAAGGUGACCGUCUACGACCCCAGAGCCGGCCCGACCCUGCUGAAGAGCCGACGGCUACACUCCAGUGCAGUGCUGGCGCUGCUGGCUGACGACCGGCACAUCAUCUCAGGCAGCGAGGACCACACACUUGUGGUGUUUGACCGCCGAGCCAACAGCGUCCUACAGCGGCUGCAGCUGGACUCGUACCUGCUCUGCAUGUCCUACCAGGAGCCCCAGCUCUGGGCUGGUGACAACCAGGGCCUGCUGCACGUAUUCGCCAACCGCAACGGCUGCUUCCAGCUUGUCCGGUCCUUCGAUGUGGGUCACAGGUCUCAGAUCACAGGGAUCAAACACUCGCUGGGGGCCUUGUACACCACGUCCACCGACAAGACCAUCCGGGUGCACGUGCCCACAGACCCUCCGAAGACCAUCUGCACCCGUAACCACCACAACGUGCUGAAUGGGAUCUGUGCUGAGGGCAACCUCGUGGUUGCUGCCUCCGGGGGCCUGUCGCUGGAAGUCUGGAGGCUACAGGCCUGA